AUGGGUGACUACACGAAAGCACUUGAAUCUCACGAAAAAUCACUUAAAAUAAGAGAAAAAGCUCUGCCUCCGAAUCAUCCCGAUUUGGCUCUGUCCUACAACAACAUCGGUGCAGUGUAUAACGACAUGGGUGACUAUUCGAAAGCACUUGAAUUUUACGAAAAAUCGCAUCAAAUAAGAGAAAUAGCUCUCCCUCGGAAUCAUCCCGAUUUGGCUACUUCCUACAACAACAUCGGUGGAGUGUAUAAGGACAUGGGUGACUACUCAAAAGCACUUGAAUUUUACGAAAAAUCACUUAAAAUAAUAGCAAAAGCUCUUCCUCCGAAUCAUCCCGAUUUGGGUACUUCCUACAACAACAUCGGUGGAGUGUACAAGGACAUGGGUGACUACUCGAAAGCAUUUGAAUUUUACGAAAAAUCACAUCAAAUAAAAGAAAAAGCUCUGCCUCUAAAUCAUCCCGAUUUGGCUACGUCCUACAACAACAUCGGUGGAGUGUAUAAGGACAUGGGUGACUACUCGAAAGCACUUGAAUUUUACGAAAAAUCACUUAAAAUAAAAGAAAAAGCUCUGCCUCCGAAUCAUCCCGGUUUGGGUACGUCCUACAACAACAUCGGUGUAGUGUAUAAUGACAUAGGUGCCUACUCGAAAGCGCUUGAAUUUUACGAAAAAUCAUAUCAAAUAAGAGAAAAAGCUCUGCCUCAGAAUCAUCCUGAUUUGGCUUCUUCCUACAACAACAUCGGUGAAGUGCACAACAACAUGGGCGAUUACUCGAAAGCAGUUGAAUUUUACGAAAAAUCACGUAAAAUCUACGAAAAAGCUCUGCCUCCAAAUCAUCCAGAUUUGGGUACUUCCUACAGCAACAUUGGUGGAGUGUAUUACUACAUGGGUAACUACUCGAAAGCACUUGAAGUUUACGAAAAAUCACAUCAAAUAAGAGAAAAAGCUCUGCCUCCGAAUCAUCCCGAUUUGGACCUGUCCUACAACAACAUCGGUGGAGUGUAUAACAGCAUGGGUAACUAUUCGAAAGCGGUUGAAUUUUACGAAAAAUCACGUAAAAUCCUUGAAAAUGCUCUGCCUCUGGAUCAUCCCAAUUUGGCUAUUUCCUACAACAACAUCGGUGAAGUGUAUCACACCAUGGGUGAUUAUUUGAAAGCACUUGAAUUUCACGAAAAAUCACAUCAAAUAAGAGAAAAAGCUCUCCCUCCGAACCAUCCCGAUUUGGCUCAACCCUACAACAACAUCGGUGCAGUAUAUAAGUACAUGGGUGACUACUCGAAAGCACUUGAAUUUUACGAGAAAUCACAUAAAAUCUGCGACAAAGCUCUGCCUCCAAAUCAUCCCAAUUUGGCUCUGUCCUACAACAACAUCGGUAGUGUGUAUAAUGACAUGGGUGACUACUCAAAAGCACUUGAAAUUUACGAAAAAGCACAUCGAAUAAAAGAAAAAGCUCUGCCUCCAAAUCACCCCGAUUGGGCUCUGUCCUACAACAACAUCGGUGGUGUGUAUAACGCCACAGGUGACUACUCGAAAGCACUUGAAUUUUACGAAAAAUCACUUAAAAUAAGAGAAAAAGCUCUGCCUUCGAAUCACCCUGAUUUGGCUUCUUCCUACAACAACAUCGGUCAAGUGCAUAACAACAUGGGCGAUUACUCGAAAGGAGUUGAAUUUUACGAAAAAUCACAUAAAAUCCUCGAAAAAGCUCUGCCUCCAAACCAUCCACGUUUGGCUACUUCCUACAAUAACAUGGGUACAGUGUAUCACCACAUGGGUAACUACUCGAAAGCACUUGAAUUCUAUGAAGAAGAUCUCGAAAUCAGGAGAAAAGCUCUACCUCCGAAUCAUCCAGGUUUGGCUAUUUCCUACAAUAACAUCGGUGUCGUGUAUAACCACAUGGGAGACUACUUGAAAGCACUUGAAUUUUACGAAAAAUCACAUAAAAUAAGAGAAAAAGCUCUCCCUUCGAAUCAUCCCGAUUUGGCUCAAUCCUACAACAAUAUCGGUCAAGUAUAUCAUGACAUAGGCGACUACUCGAAAGCACUUGAAUUUUUCGAAAAUUCUCAUCAAAUCUUCGAAAAUGCUCUGCCUCCGAAUCACCCUGAUCUGGCUUUGCCAUACAACUGGUUUGGAAAAAUUUAUCGCGGCGUGAAAGAUUAUCCAAAAGCACUUGAGAAUUUCGAAAAAUGUCUCGGAAUAUGGAAAAAAGCCUUACCUGACAAUCAUCCGGAUGUGGCUUUUGCAUUUAGUAAUAUUGGUGAUGUUCAUCGAUUAAUAAGUAAUUAUGAAAAGGCACUUGCAUUUCAUCAAAAAGCAUUAGGUAUACAAGAAAAUGUUCAAUGUAAUCCUCUGGAAUGUGCAAUGACAUAUAUAAAUUUAGGUGAAACUUAUCGUGAAAUGAAAGAUUAUUCAACGGCAUUCACAUAUUUCGAAAAAGGAUUAGAAAUACGUGAGAAGAAAUUACCAAAAAAUCAUCCUGAUUUAGCUGUUGUAUAUCAUAAUAUGGCAAAAUUAUAUUUGGCUACACGAAAAUAUAGUGUGGCAAUGAAAAAUGUUCAACAAGCGAUAGAAAUAGCUCAAGAAAAAUUACCUUCAACUCAUGCUUAUCUUUUGGAAUAUAAAGAAACAUUUGAACAAAUUCGAAAGGAAAUGUAA